CCCUCGGGUGGCUGUCUUGCGACUCUUUUUUUUUUUUUCCACUUGUGCUUUCUGCCCUCAGGUUUCGUCUUACAUACUGGGGCUAGGUAAUGGAAAUAGAGAGUGUGUAGGCCUGCCUACUUUGGCUACCCGGGUGCCAUGUAUGUAUGCACAUACAAUGCCUACUUAGUCCACACGGUAUAACUGCUCUGGAGCGCAUCAUCGUGGGCGUAAUGCCAGUAGCAUUGGCAGACGGAUAACGUCAACGCUUUCUCCUCGCUUCACGCGCCAUUAUUGCUCAACCCGGUCUGUGCCGAAGUGUGUAUGCCCUUCUACCAAGGCUUUCUAUUUAGACGCCUUUGCCAUCUUGGCUUUCCCAAUCCUCUCCCUCCCUCUCCCUACCCGACUGGGACUACUCUAAACAAACUUUACUUGACUUGCAUGCCUGCAUACACACGCUGAACCUCCGUCUUAAUAUAUUCCUGGCCCCAAUCAAGUCGUCGCAGACUCCAGACGUUGGAGGCUGCCAACCCCACGCAUUCUCAUCGACCUGAGACACCGAUCCGCCUGGCGCUUGGGUCGCCUCCAGCAUCUGCUUCUCCACAGCACCCAGCACCAGCUCCACCCGAACUCCGCCAUCUGCUGUUUCUGAGAGAAACUCGGCGUAAAUUCACCUACUGCCGCCGCGACAAAACCUAUCCUCCUACACCCAUCUCUUUCUCUUCCCUUUCCCUCGACCUCGACGCCCUCCAAGACCCCCGUUCCUUGCUCGCGUACAGGUGACGCAUCGCCAAUCCCCCCCCCCAAUAUAUUAUUAUACAUGCACACAUACCCGCAGGAACAGGAAUAGGACUCUUUGCCCAGCCCAGGUACCGGGGAGGAAGCUAUCGACGACCCACCCAUUAUCUCCGCUAGCCCGCCGCCGCCUUGCCAACCCUCCAACGCCCACCCACAACACAACGCCUGCUCCUGUCUACCUCAUUUACCUACCUACUUGCACCUCUCUCCUCUCCUCCCUCAACCUCCCCCUCCUAUUGCACCACCACCACCGCAACCCCCUUACACACGUCACAAUGCCUCUCCGCUCACGUCUGCGUCGCGCCUUCACCCGCACAAACUCCACCGAAGACUCCAAUGCCCCUAGCAAACCACAUGGCUUCCACCGCCCCAGAAAAACAAAAACCGACCCCUUGGUCUACCAGCCCGGCGAGAAGAUGCCCCCUCUGAAAUACCGCCGCCCUGUCGCUCCCGAGCACAAGGCCCUCCUCGAAUCCUUCAGUUGGGAUAAGGCAUGGCGCCAUCGGAGCGAGACCAGUCUCUACAGCCCAAUGGGCAGUCGCAUUCCCAGUCGCAAGAGCAGUUACCGCUCGUUUUCCCGCAGGAGUAUGCAUCGUCGGAGCAUGAGCCGGUCGCGCGGCGGUGAUGACGGAAGUGCCGUCGAUAGUGGCGUGGGUGCCAGUCUCUCGGAUGAGCGUCCCGAGCGGUUACGCGAGGGCAGCGACGAGGAGGGCGAUGUCACAAAUGCCCAACCGACUGAUUGUCCUCGCGCUGUAGUUGGUCUAUCCCGCAAUCCUACAGAAGACCCAAAGCGUCCGCGCCGUAAAUCUUCCUCCAUCCACGAGUCCGUGAAGCCCAGCACCUCACGCCCGCCCACGUCCGAUCGCAACAGGCGUCCAUCGUCCUCGAAACGCGAGCGCGACGCACCCUUCUCACCCGAGGACCUCGAACUUGCACUCAAGAAAUCAAAUCUGGAAGCCACCAAGGAGGAGUCUGAACACAGCAAAGCCGCGACACCAAAAGCUGUGGAGGAGAACGAUGCUACAAUCAAGGCCGUCCCCGCUCCCGUUGCCCAACCACCACAAGCACCCGAAUCCGAGAAGAUGGAGGAGCACACUGAUAGCGUCACCGGUAUUCUAUACACGGAUUAUGAAGACUGCGACGACGAAUACGAUGAACAUGACGACGACGAUGACGACGACAGCGAGCACUGGCGCAUGGACUACGAGCGGGAACCGAGGCCCCGAGAACGCAUGAUCAGCUUCACCUCAAGUAGCCGGCAAUCAUUCGCGAAGCCGCUGCCAAGCAUGCUCGAUGUGUAA